GAAGUAAUUCAUGCCCAUUACUGUGUGUGCCACUGCCAGUGUGUGGGAACCACCCCCGUCACUUAUGUAUAGCGCGCUCUUUCCCCAAUGCUAUACUGACGCUUAUCGUAAUUCUAUCAGUCACAGCAGACUCGUAGUAUUCGCUUUAGACCUCACAAGUCCUUCGUCCACUCUUAUCCUGUCACCAUGAGUGUCGAGAAGCGCACAAAGUCUAUUGACCUAUCCCACCACCUUUCCGAGCUAUCCAAGGCUAGGGCAACCUCUCCCUUGAAGGGGCUCAUGAAGUACUUCUCACAGCCAGGAAUUCUGGCCCUCGGAGGAGGCCUGCCUAGUCCUGCGUAUUUCCCCGUCUCUGACAUUUCUGCCAACGUUUUGGUGCCAGAGUCAUUUGCUCUCGCUCCGAUUGAGUCGUCUACCUCGUUUACAUGGCUAUGGAAGCUGUUCGGUAGCCAGAAUGCAACCAAGGAGAAGACUCAGGCUGUCACCAUUCCCAAGUACACUACCGUUGACGGGGAUAUCAACCUUGCAAGCUCUCUCCAAUACGGUGCAGCAAUCGCACAGCAACAGUUGCAAGUUUUCUUGAAGAACUUUAUUUCCGAGGUCUAUCAACCAGCUUUUGAGGACUGGACAGUCCUCAUAGACACUGGUAAUACAGAUGGGUGGUCGAGAGCCGUCACGACGCUGUGCAACCCUGGCGAGGGCGUGCUGUGUGAAGAGUGGACUUACCCCUCCGCCAUUGCGUCGAUGCUCCCUUCCAAUAUCAAGCCUGUACCUGUGGCCAUGGAUGGAUUAGGCAUGAAGAGCGAUGCACUCGAGAACUUGCUGUCGCAGUGGGACCCAGUUUCACGCCAGAUGCCAAGGCCUCAUGUUAUGUACAUCGUGCCUGUCGGACAGAACCCAAGCGGCUCGACGAUGAGCGUUGAACGCAAGAAGCAGAUUUAUGAUAUCUGUGUCAAAUACGAUGUGAUAAUUGUCGAAGAUGAUCCAUAUUAUUUUCUUCAACUAGGAGAUUACACAUUUAAAGGCGACAGGUCCCCUGGUGCAACGGCUUCUGGGAAACCGUCAGCCGAAGAAUCCAAGCGAUAUGUCUCCACUCUGAACCCUAGCUUCUUGAAUUUUGACUACCAGGGCCGCGUGAUUCGUCUCGAUACCUUCUCCAAGACCAUUGCUCCUGGUAGUCGACUAGGAUGGUUCACGUGCAAUCCUGUCUUUGCAGAGAGGUUGGAGAGGCAAGGAGAAACAUCAACUCAGGCUCCGUGUGGUUUCGGACAGGCUGUUAUAACAAAGAUCUUGACGCAUUGGACCUACGAUGGUUACAUCCGCUGGCUCAGGGGUCUGCGGACAGAGUAUCAGCAACGCCGCAAUUUCUUUAUUGAUUGUCUCGCAGAUGAGUUCCACUUGAAUGCGGUUCCUGCUGUCGCAGGCGUCUGGCAAGGCUGUAUCGCGUACGAGGCUUCGUCCAAAGUCAAGAAGAGCACGAGUAUGACCGAGAAAUACUCGACCCGGAAUCGUACGAUGUUCAGUUUCGUUCCACCAGUUGCGGGAAUGUUCGUAUGGAUGAAACUUCAUCUCGACCAACAUCCCUCAUUUACCCCGGGAGAUGAAGAUACCUUGGAAACGAAGUUAUGGACGAAGUUGGCGGAGAACGGAGUAUUGUUUGGGCCAGGAUGGAUGUUCGCAGCCAAUGCGUUGGACGGGGACUCUGAGAACACCAACGCCGGCCACUUCCGCAUCAGUUUUAGUAAUGUCGAUUUACCCGACCUCAAGAAAGCGGUCACUAUUUUUGGUCGAGUUGUCCGAGAGUUCUUUGAAGAGGAGGGCCUGUAGUUGCUGUUUUGGCGGUUGGGACAUCUUCUCGAUUUUGUUUUCUCUUAUGCGUCACAACCUAUUAUUUUCUAUGCUCUGCUGUGCCGUGGUUUAUUCACGGGGCACUUGGAUUAUAUAUGUAUAUCUCCAACGAGCGCUAUAGACAAUGGGCCGACUUUUGCCGGCAGUGUAGACGAGGCGUCAGAAGUGUUGUGUGAAUACUCGUUGUCGUGCAUCACAUAUCACAAUUUGAAAACAAGUUAAAGUGACG